AUUAAUUGUCGGUUUGAAAUUCCAUUUCUUUCUAUUAUGAUUUCAAAGCUUUUCAUUUAAAAGCAGCGAGAGUUUCAAAAGUUCUUCAAAAAUAUUUUCAAAGCUAAGUUCAUAAUAUUUACAUACUUGAUUCUCCCUCGACUUCACAACCUCAAUCCAUUUCUUUCCCUGAUCUAGUAAGUGAUUUUCAAUCUCUUUUACUUCCUUGAUUGAUUUCAGACUCUUUUUCUAUUUGCAUCUUGCCUCCUUAGAUUCACUCUGUUCUUCAUAUAUAAUCAAUCCAUCUCUUCUACCACUUUAAUUACGCUCUCUUCUACUUUCUCAAUUCUCGAUUAAUUUUUUCUUUGGCUUGAGGAAUUUUGUGUUUUUGAAGACUGAAGUGUCGUUGAUUUGUGAAUAUAAUUUUGAUUCAAAUCAGUUUCUAUAUAAUAUUAUCUCUGUUAUUCAAUUCGAAUACAAUCAAAUUUCGUUCCUCUUCAAUCUCAUCAAAAUCUAGUCUACAAUCAAAAGCUCCACCGGAAUUUCAGAUCCAAUCUCACUUUUCAAGAGUUGUAAAAAUGGCAAUAAAAUCAAGAGGAAUCACAAAACGUAAUUUGCCAGAGGAAUUAAAGAAAUUACUUAGGGCGGUAGCAUCGGAAUGGGGAGACAAAAUCGAGGAGAUGGAAGAAAGUUUGGAAGUGAGUCGACUAACAGGAGCGAUGACGAACGAAGUGUACGAAAUAAAAUGGCUGAGUUCAAGAAGUGGUGAUCAACCGCGGAAGGUUGUGGUGAGAAUGUACGGAGAAGGAGUUGAGAUUUUCUUCAAUAGAGAUGAUGAGAUAAGAACGUUUGAAUGCUUGUCGAAACAUGGUCAAGGACCUCGUCUUCUUGGGCGAUUCUCUCACGGAAGAAUUGAAGAGUUCAUCAAUGCGAAGACACUAUCAGCAAGUGAUCUUCGAGAUCCAAAAAUAUCAGCAAUAAUAGCAAGUAAAUUAAGGGAGUUUCACAAUCUUGACAUGCCUACUCCAAAAAAGGUUGCCCUUUGGGAUAGAAUGAGAAAUUGGGUAAGUGAAGCCAAAAGAUUAAGUUCACCACAUGAAAUGGAAGAGUUUUGCUUGGAGAAAUUGGAUGAGGAAAUAGAUUUGCUUCAAAGGGAACUCUCAAAAGAUUCUCAACAUAUUGGCUUUUGUCAUAAUGACUUGCAAUAUGGCAACAUCAUGAUGGAUGAAGACACAUCAUCAAUAACCCUUAUUGAUUAUGAGUAUGCAAGUUACAACCCAAUAGCUUAUGACAUUGCAAAUCAUUUUUGUGAAAUGGCAGCAGAUUACCACUCUAAGACUCCCCAUAUUUUGGACUAUACAUCAUACCCAGAAGUUGAGGAACGUAAAAGAUUUGUUAGAGCAUAUCUGGCCUCAUCAGGUGAAAAUUAUGGCAAUGAAGAAGAAAUGGAGCAGCUAGUAGAGGAUGCCGAGAGAUACACUUUAGCAAAUCAUCUCUUUUGGGGCUUGUGGGCUAUUAUUUCAGGCCACAUAAACAAGAUUGAUUUUGACUACUUUGAGUAUGCUAAGCAGAGGUUUGAACAAUACUGGCUAAGAAAGUCUGAGCUCUUGGUUUCUUGGUCACCUUUAUCUCAACUUGAAUGGAUAUGAACAAAGGCGUCUCAACUAUACAUAUGAAUUUGAAGAAAGAUGUCAAGAUUCAACUUUAUAUUUAUAAUAAAAGAAAUCUCAUUAAAUGAAAACAAGUCGAAGGAAUUACACAAGAAUCAAGCUUGAUUUAAGGAACAAAGAUUUCACAAGCUACUUCAAGUGAGGCUUCAUUAAUUUAUUCCUGCAUGAUUACAAAUUCAUGGUUGAAUGAUUAAAAAUAAAUAUUUUCGGAUGUAUGGUGUCUAUUAAACGUAUUUUUAAAGUUUAUUUGCUUUGUAGGUUACAUAUAGCCUAUUACAAUCAUAAAGUUGAAAUAUGAACUCUUACAAUGCCUCAUACAAUCUCUAAGGUUUCAUUUGGAGGCUAUAUAAAGCGAUGUAAUUGUUAUAUGAAUAAUAUGUUAAAGAAAUUAUAAAUUAUAAAACUCACAGUAUAUUCAAUAAAA